CAAAUAAAACUGAGCUUCAUUUCCGUUAAUCUUAAGCUACUACAAUGAAAAUCUUAGGUCUUUCGUCUUUUUUUCAGCCAAUCGCAAACUGACAACACAUGUGGCUUGGCAGGUUGCUUCUGGGUGACGUUUUUUUCUCCUAUCGGUCUUUUUAAAAAGCCGGUCCAAAUCUGUAGGAAGUUUUUGGAAUUGUUAUUCGUAGUUAAUGUCUGUAUUUUUAUAGUUAUAUCAUCAUGAAAUUCAUCUUGUUAGCCCUUUUCAGCUGUUUUAGUAUUGUACUAGGUGAAGUACUCGACCUUUCAGGUGCUGAUUUUGAAGACCGGGUGUCAGAACACGAUGCUAUUUUAGUGGAAUUUUUUGCGCCAUGGUGUGGCCAUUGUAAAAGACUAGCUCCUGAAUAUGAAAAAGCUUCAACAGUACUAAAGAAAGCUGAUCCACCUAUUCCUCUUGCUAAAGUGGAUUGCACAUCUGACAAUGGAAAAGAUACUUGUUCAAAAUAUGGUGUCAGUGGUUAUCCAACUCUGAAAAUUUUCAGAAAUGGUGAAUUUUCAUCUGAAUAUAAUGGUCCAAGAGAUGCUGAUGGUAUUGUUAAAUACAUGAAGGCUCAGGUUGGGCCAAGUUCCAAAGAACUGAAGACACUGGCAGAAUUAGAAAAGUUCACAGCUGAAGAGACAGUUGUUGUCGGUAAUACAUUUUUUAUACUAAUCUCGUUUUAUUUCAGUCACAUUGUCUUACAUCGUGCAAAGAAAUACUUCAGCAAAUUUGAAGAACAAGAUGUUAAGUACUCAGGAUCUGCAGACAAAACAGAAAUAGUUGACUUUGUCAAAUCUAGCUACCAUGGACUUGUUGGUUACCGAACACAUGAUAACCAUGGUGACUUCAAAGCUCCUUUAAUUGUGGCAUAUUAUGAUGUAGAUUAUGUAAAGAAUGUCAAAGGUACCAAUUAUUGGCGUAAUCGCAUCAUGAAAGUAGCUCAGAACUACAAAGGACAAGUCAACUUUGCUGUUAGUAACAAAGAUAAGUUUUCUGCUGAAGUGGAAGAUUAUGGUUUAUCAGCUAAAGGUGAUAAACCUGUUAUUGCUGCUAGAAAUGAAGCCAAUCAAAAAUUCAACAUGAAGAAAGAAUUUAGUGUUGAGAAUUUUGAAUCAUUUGUCAAAGACUUCUUGGCUGGCUCUUUAGAACCUCAUCUGAAAUCUGAAGACCUACCAGACGACAAUGAUGGGCCUGUUAAAGUUGCUGUUGCCAGAAAUUUCCAAGAAUUAGUGAUUGAUAGCGACAAAGAUGUUUUAAUUGAAUUUUAUGCUCCUUGGUGUGGACAUUGUAAGAAAUUGGCUCCAACUUAUGAAGAGUUAGGAAAAGAACUUGCCAAUGAAGAUGUUCUUAUUGUUAAAAUGGACGCUACUGCGAACGAUGUACCACCUUCAUUUGAAGUGCAUGGGUUCCCUACCUUAUAUUGGGUACCAAAAACCCACAAAACUACUCCCAAGAAAUAUGAGGGAGGCAGGGACUUGAACGAUUUCAUCAAUUACAUUUCCAAGCACGCGACCAGUGAAUUAAAAUCGUACGACAGAUCUGGAAAGAAGAAGAAAGAAGAGCUAUAGGACUUCAUUAUGCCAUAGUAUCUCAUGUCUCAUGUUGUAAUAUAUUGAUUGAACAAAUAAUGUAGGCAUCAUCCUGUUCUCUGUUUUUUCUAAAGUUGAGGGACCGAAAAGUGCUCUUUUUUUUCUUUUUUUUAAAAUAAAGCUACUUCGUUCUUUUUUUAUAUAUAAUUGUCAAGACUUAUUUAUAACCUCUCAUCUACAAUAUUUCCAAUUUCAUCUUUUUCUUGGGAGGAAACCAUCACUGGAGAUAAUAAUAAAUAUUGAAAUCUUUUUCA